CUAUCUAUCUGUCUAUCUGCCAUCGCUGUACCUCAAACUUAUCGAACCAGAAUUGAGAUUGAGAAUAGUAUAAAAUGUUGAACCGACAGAGUGUGAAAUACCCAAAUAUUAACAGAGACAGAUCAGCAUCUAAAUUAGGAAAGAGAGGAGAGAGAAAGCAGUGAGAACUAGUCUUCACGUCUUGAAUUGAAGGGAAGGCAGAGAGAGAAAUGGGUGCUUCACAAUCAAUCUCAGAAAAAUCCAUCCAUGAAUUCACGGUCAAGGAUGCGAGGGGAAAAGACGUGAACCUCAGCAACUACAAGGGGAAAGUUCUUCUUGUAGUUAAUGUCGCUUCAAAAUGUGGAUUUACAAAUACCAAUUACACCCAGUUAACUGAGGUUUACAGCAAAUACAAGGACAGAGGUCUUGAGAUAUUGGCAUUUCCAUGCAACCAGUUUUUGAAUCAAGAGCCUGGGACUAGUCAGGAGGCUGAGCAAUUUGCUUGUACAAGAUACAAGGCUGAAUAUCCCAUUUUUGGAAAGAUACAUGUCAACGGACCCAAUACAGCACCUGUCUACAAAUUCCUUAAACAACAGAAAACAGGAUUUCUGGGGUCUAGGAUAAAGUGGAACUUCACCAAGUUUUUGGUUGACAAGGAAGGGAAAGCUAUAGGGCGUUAUGGUCCAACCACCUCACCUUUGGCCUUUGAAAAUGACAUCAAGAAGGCAUUGGGGGAGGCUUAACGGAAUCUAGUCACUUCAGAUUAUUGCUCAUGUUGAAGAUAAUUGAAACAAAAAGAAUGUAUAUUUGGUAGAUAUUGUUUAUUCUAGUGAGUAUCUGAUACGUGAAUAAAUCCUUGGUACUACUGCUGUACUAAAGAUUCAGUGCAUCCCACCAAUGAAAAUAUUACAUGUCAGUUAAAAUUCCGUUUUUUCUGUCAAAAUUUUUCUCUCUUCUCUGAUGUGUAAUGUUCUAAUUGAUGAGAUGCGCUGAAUUUUGGUACAACAGUAGUACCAAAGAUUUAUUCUACGUACGUAGUGUGUGUUGUUGUAUUAAAGUACUGAUUUGGCCUUGUGAUAUAAGUAUUGUUGUUAAAA